UAUUCAUUCUCACUCCUCCUCCAUUACCCCUAAUAUCCCUCUUAAUUCACUCCUCCUCCAAUUCACUAUUACUCCUCCUCCAUUACUCCUAAUGUCCCUCUUAAUCCACUCCUCCUCCAAUCCACUAUUUGCAUCCAAACACAAACUCUCGGUCUUCUUUCCCAUCAUCACCAUCAUUCCUCCCCUUCAAUGGCCUCCUCCAAACCCCAUCACAUCACAUCGUCGCCAUGCCCUACCCCGGCCGUGGCCACAUCAACCCCCUCCUCAACCUCGCCGGCCAUCUCUCCACCCGUGGCCUCUUCGUCACCGUCGUCCUCACCGAAGAAUGGCUCGGUCUUCUCUCCACUUCCCCUACCCCAUCUCACCCCGCCGUCCAGUUCCGAUCCAUCCCCAAUGUCAUCCCCUCCGAGCACGGCCGCGCCAACGACUUCAAUGGCUUCCUCGACGCCAUCAACACCAAGCUCGAGAAACCCUUUGAGCGUCUCCUCGAGAGUCUCGAUCCGCCGCCGGCGGCCAUCCUCGCCGAUACCUGCUUGUCGUGGAUGGCCGCCGUCGGCGAGCGCCGGCGGCUGCCGGUUUACUCGCUUUGGACUAUGCCGGCGGCGUUCUUCUCUCUGUUUUAUGGAUUCGAGGAUAUCUUCGGCGGUGAAUCCACGGCGGCUCUUGAAGAAAUAGACAAGAAAUUGGAACAGCAUGUCAAGGGUCUAAAUUUAGGUGAUGUGAGUUCCGUAAUCUGCUCAGCCACACUAAAGAAGUGGGUCUUAGAAUCUUUCAUUUGGGCAAGAGGAGCAAAAGGAGUCAUCUUCACUUCAGUAUAUGAAUUGGAGUCAGACAUCAUAGACUCAUUGAAAUCAAAGCUCUCAUGUCCUGUGUACACUGUUGGUCCUUGCAUCCCUUACUUGACACUCAAAAUAAGCCUGGCAUCAGAUUACAUGCAAUGGCUCGACUCUCAACCUAUCAACUCUGUGCUCUACUUAUCUUUAGGAAGCUUCUUGUCGGUCUCUGUUGCACAAAUGGAUGAGAUUGUAACCGGGCUGCACGAAAGCGGCAUUCGCUUUUUAGUGGUUGGCCGAGGCGCCACUUCGCGUGUGCAGGCAAAGUUGGGCAGCACAGAUCUUGUUGUGCAGUGGUGUGAUCAGUUGAAGGUUUUGUGCCAUCCUUCAAUUGGUGGUUUUUUCACACAUUGUGGUUGGAACUCGACUAUGGAAUGCGUGUUUGCCGGUAAGCCAAUGCUCACAUUUCCUUUGUUUGGGGACCAACCUCUUAAUUGCAAGCUUAUUGCGAACGUUUGGAAGGUUGGUUUGAAUGUGAAGGAAGAGAUCGAAGAUGGGAAUUUGGUCGGAGGUAAAGCCAUUGCUAAGGUUGCGAAGAGGUUGAUGGAUGUGGAGGGGAUAGAGUACAAGGAGAUGAGGGAAAAAGUUGUUGAACUUAGUGAAACAGUUCAUAGAGCUGUUGAAGAAGGUGGUUCUUCUUAUUGUGCUAUCAAUGCCUUUGUUGAAGAUGUUUCAAGUAGUGUUUGAUUUUUCAUGAGUUUUAAGAGUGUGUCGGCUCUUUUUUCAUAUUUGUCAUGGAAUGGGCUUAAUGCAUUUCCAUUUAUUGUAAUAUAUUUUUAUUUAUUUAUCUUUAAGGUAGCACUGUUGGUUCUUCUUA